UACAAGCCAGCAACCAAUAGAACUAGGCAGAUACGGUCGUUGUAUCGAUAAGAGUUAAUGAGAUAGUUUCGUAAAACGAUGAUAGUUAGCUUCAGGUGGUUCUAAAACAGCAAUUAGCAAUGUAUCAACCAUUGGAAAAGGAAAAUUUGUUCACAAAAUACAUCCGGAUAGGAGUGGUGGUUGCGGCCUAUUGGAUCAUUUCCAUUCUGACGGUGUUUGUGAACAAAGCACUUUUGAGUGGGUUAAAGCUCGAUGCGCCGCUAUUUGUGACGUGGUUUCAAGUGCUAACUUCAUCGUCAAUAUGUUUCACAAUGAGCAUGCUCAGCAAGCGAUAUCCACGCAUCGUCAGCUUUCCCGACGGUAAUCCCUUCGAUCGGGAAACUUUCCGCAAGGUGAUCCCAUUGUCCAUCCUAUUCACGGCAAUGAUAGCAACGAACAAUCUAUGCCUAAAGUACGUCGGGGUAGCCUUCUACUACGUGGGUCGUUCGUUGACGACCGUCUUCAACGUGCUAUUGACGUACGGCUUGUUGGGGCAGAAAACGAGCACCAAAGCGGUUCUGUGUUGUGUGCUGAUUGUGGCCGGAUUUUGGAUCGGUGUCGAUCAGGAAAGUUUAACAGAAUCAUUUUCGCUGGUCGGUACAAUAUUCGGUGUGCUUGGUUCGUUGAGCCUUUCGCUGUAUUCGAUCUACACAAAGCGCACACUGCAGCACGUAAACCAAGAAGUGUGGUUGCUAAGCUACUACAACAAUGUCUACUCUGCGGUACUUUUCAUUCCAUUGAUGAUCAUCAACGGGGAGGUGCAGGAAGUGUUGAACUAUGAACACUUGGCUGAGGCUUGGUUUUGGGGUGUCAUGACAAUUGGAGGCAUUUUCGGUUUCGCCAUUGGGUUUGUAACGACCCUGCAGAUAAAGGUUACCUCGCCGCUUACGCAUAACAUCUCCGGUACGGCUAAAGCGUGCGCUCAAACAGUCAUAGCGACGUCCUGGUACCAGGAAACAAAAUCAUUCCUUUGGUGGACAUCGAACGUGGUCGUGUUGCUUGGUUCGGCAUUCUACACACGCGUCAAACAGAUCGAAAUGGACCAGUUGCAUCGUGAACAAAUGAAUAGUCAGAAGGUAUGAGUAACAGUUAUUAGUUUAUAUCUUAUCUCCUUAUACAAAAGUACAGGGUUUACUUUGAACAACACAAAAGGUAUCUUAAAAAUAAAACAUUAACAUAGUGCGCUUUCAA